UGCCGUCAGCUCUGCUUUCCACUAUUUUCCUCUUCUUUUAUUUUCUUUUCUGUAUUGUCCGGACGUUCUCGGUUCUCUUAUGAAGCAACGAAGUUUCACUCUCACUGUGAGAUUUGUGCGAGUCUCGGAAAAUGGAGAUCCAUUCUGAUGGCAGAGCAAUGAACCCUUCCAGUCCCCGUUAAGCUCUCGCAGCUCUCUCUAGUCUAAUUCGGUGUCUAUAUUCCACAGUAACACUGCCAGCACCUGCCGUAAGGGCUUGAAACUCUAAAUAUUCUCUGACGUUUAAGUAACCAAGUUUAUCUGGGAGGGACUCAUUACUUCUGCGGCCAUGGUUUCUGGCAUGAAAGCAAAGAGCAGGAGAAGUGCUAGUGUUAAAAUUAAUUACCUCAUUCACAUCGAGAAGAUUAAGCCUUGGCCUCCGUCACAAGCUCUAAGAUCCGUUCGUUCUGUACUGAUACAAUGGGAGAAUGGUGAACGCUAUUCAGGUUCUACCAGUCAUGUUGUCCCCUCGCUGGGUUCUGAUACAGACGAAGGAAAAAUCGAUUUUAACGAGUCGUUUAGACUUCCUGUAACUCUGUUGAGAGACAUGUCCAUCAGAUGUGGUCAUGCUGAUGUAUUCCAAAAGAAUAGGUUGGAGUUCAACUUGUAUGAGCCCCGAAGAGAUAAGACUCUUAAGGGUCAGUCGCUGGGAACUGCCAUCAUAGACUUGGCAGAUUAUGGUAUACUUAAGGAGACCUUGAGCAUUAGUGCCCCGAUAAACUGCAAGAGGAACUACAAAAAUACAGAUCAGCCACUUCUGUUCAUAAAAAUUCAGCCUGUUGAAAAGAGUCGCGCUAACUCCUUGUCAAGGGACAGUUUGUCAAAAGCGGCGUCAAAGGACGUUAAUGGUGGUGACUCAAGAUUGAUGAACGAAGAAUACGCUGAAGAAGCUGAGAGUGCCACUUUUUCUGAUGAUGAUGAUGUUUCUUCACAUUCAUCUGUGGCAGCUCUUGCUUCUGCCCUGGAGGCCAAUAAGUGUAUCCCGGCUGAACUUGUAGAGAAUGGAUCAACUCAAAACACUGGUAGGGAUGACAAGGAGCGUCUGGCAGGGCUUGAAAAAUCAAACAUGAUGCCACAAGAUACAUACCAAAAGCUGGAGAGGAGUUCAUCUAGCACAUCGUCUUUGGAUAUAUCAUCUGAUCUCGGGAGUCCGGUAAAUGGUCAUGCUUCUUCUAAUUCCACUUAUUGUAAUUCAGUGACCACUCAAAAACAUGCUGUUACCCCAAAUGCUUAUUCUUCUUAUCCAUCUUUGGCUCAUGACAAAUUAGAGGCAGAUUUCAAGAUCAAGACAAGAAAUAGUGGUAGUAAACAUUCAGAUGAGGAGGUUCAUGAAAAGUUUGUUAAUCAUAGAAAUAAAGUUACAGAUGUUCAAAUGCACAGCAAGAAUCCAGAUGCUGUAAAUUGUGAUGUUUCUGAAGUCAUUGAUAAAUUCAAUAGGAUACAUGAGGAAGGUGACAAAUAUUGUGUGAAGGAGGAAGGAGAUGGUAAAUUUUACAAUGGUUAUGUUGAGGACAAACGUGGAACUGAGAAUUCUAGUUUGGAUAAGAAAAGCAACGCAGAAAAUGAAAAAUCAGCAGAUCUAGUUGCCAAAGAUCACGCCUUAUUGAGUGGCAGCUCAUAUCCCUUAGGCGGGACAAAUAUUACAAGAAGUGAAAGAUUAAAGCAUGUAAAGUCAGUGAGGUCACCAGCAGAAUCAGCUAGGAAUACAGGAUCCCUCGUUAGUUAUCAUAAUUUGGAUGUGAAGGAAAUUGGCAUUGUUGGAGAUGCACAAAACAGUGGAGGAAACAUGAGAGGCGGUAGCAAAAAAGAUGCUAAAAUUUAUCCAAAGGAAGCGAGAAUGACCAUUCUAGACAGCAAAGUCGAGCAUUUAGAAAACAAGAUAGAGAUACUUGAAGGAGAGUUAAGAGAAGUUGCAGCGAUUGAGGCUUCUUUAUAUGCAGUAGUUGCAGAGCACGGAAGCUCCAUGAGUAAGGUCCAUGCUCCAGCUCGGCGUCUUUCUAGGCUGUAUCUCCAUGCUUGUAAAGAAAACCUUCGAGCAAGAAGGGCUGGGGCAGCUAAAAAUGCUGUUUCUGGGUUAGUACUUGUUGCUAAGGCAUGUGGAAAUGAUGUCCCAAGGUUGACAUUUUGGUUGUCUAAUAUCAUUGUGUUGAGGGCAAUUAUAUGCCAAACUUCCAAAGACAUGUCACAAUCAUUUUUUGCAGAAUCUAGUGUGAAAAGGAAAAGUGAGGGAGAGAGGAAUGGCAAGACAACACCCUCACUACGAUGGAAGGGGUCUUCACCUGGUGAAAAUGGAAGUGCGGCACCAGAACACACAGGUUUUGGUAACUGGGAUGAACCCCAUGUGUUCACGUCAGCACUGGAAAAGAUAGAAGCCUGGAUAUUCUCUCGCAUAGUGGAAUCUAUCUGGUGGCAGACUCUGAUUCCACAUAUGCAACCUGAUGCAAUAGCCACUAAAAUGGAUGUGGACUCUGCCUCAAGGAAAAGCUAUAGGAGGACGUCUAGCUCAUGUGAUCAAGAGCAGGGGAACAUUUCACUAGAUAUUUGGAAGAAUGCUUUUAGGGAAUCCUGGGACAGGCUGUGUCCCAUUCGAGCUGGAGGGCAUGAGUGUGGCUGUUUGCCUGUGCUGUCUAGAUUGAUAAUGGAGCAAUGUGUGACAAGAUUAGAUGUGGCUAUGUUCAAUGCCAUUCUUCGUGAAUCUGCUGAUGAAAUCCCUACCGAUCCUGUAUCUGAUCCCAUUAGCGAUCCCAAGGUUCUCCCCAUCCCACCUGGGCAAUUAAGUUUUGGAGCAGGGGCGCAGCUUAAAACUGCGAUUGGGAACUGGUCUAGAUGGUUGACUGACUUGUUCGGUAUGGAUGACGAUGACUCAUUUGAAGAUAAGGAUGACCCUGAGGACAAUGAUCAGAGACAAAAUACAUCCCUGAAGUCCUUCCAUCUUCUAAAUGCAUUAAGUGACCUUCUGAUGCUUCCCAAGGAUAUGCUGUUAAGUUCUUCUGUCAGGAAAGAGGUAUGCCCAAAGUUUAGUGCACCACUUAUCAAGAGGAUUCUAAACAUCUUUGUCGCAGAUGAGUUUUGCCCUGAUCCAAUCCCCACUGUUGUUUUUGAAGCCCUGGACUCGGAGGACGAUGUCGAGUGUGGUAAGGAUUGCGUUAGAACCUUCCCAUGCAAUGCCGCUCCAAUUGAGUACUUACCUCCUCCGGCAACUUCCAUCGUUACCAUUAUUGGGGAGGUUGGAAGUGAAUGUCAAUUAAGAAGAAGCAGAUCAUCUGUUCUGAGGAAGGCUUACACCAGUGAUGACGAGCUUGAUGAACUAAAUUCCCCUCUAUCUUCUAUCCUAAUUGAUGCCUCUGCAUCUUCAGUGGCUUCAACAAAACCAAGCUGGAAAACCAAAGAAAUCCGCUACGGAUCUUCUGUCAGAUAUGAACUACUCCGGGACGUUUGGAUGAGCAGCGAGUAGUCCCGCACAUUCAUUAAUCAGGUUUCUGUGGCUGAGCU